AUGGCUAUCGAGCAGCUGUUCGGGGAGCUGCCUCUGCAUCAUUUGCAGCAUGGCAUCUCGAAGUUCGGCGCUGCUAACAUCGCCCUUGCGGUGCUCGUGACAGCUACUCUUGGUGUGCUUGCAGAUUAUGCGUGGAUGCUAUAUUUGAGGUCGAAAAUGCCACCUGGGCCAUUACCCUGGCCUAUCAUCGGCAACACCUUUCAACUUCCGGACAAUAAGCCCUGGAUAUAUUUUGAAGAACUUUCCAAAAGAUACAAUACACCUCUCAUCACGUACUGGAUCGGAAGAAAUCCAACAGUCUGGAUCAACGAUGCCUGGGCCGCCAGUGAACUCCUUGACAAGAGAGCAGGUAUCUACUGCUCUCGGCCGCGAAUGCUUGUCUUUGCAGAGCUGGGUUCCGGCCAGAACAACCUCGUCAACAUGAUUACCACCACUCCCGAGCAGCGAGAUCGCUGGCGAGUGCAGCGAAAGGUUACGCAUCAAGGGGUCGGAGUCCAGAAAGUCAGAGACUAUCGCAACUUCCAGAAUGACGAGAGUAAGGUCGUUGCCUAUGACAUGCUCGAAACACCUGAAGAAUAUGUUGCGCAUUUCGAACGUUAUGCGACAAGUGUGGUAUCAAUCAUUGGAUUUGGAAGACGUGUAUCCGACCAUACAGACCCGAUCAUUAGCGAGGUCAUUGCGGUUAUGCACCGAGCGGCGGAUCUCAAUGUCCCUGGAAAGACCUUUCCAAUGCUUCUUGAGACCUUUCCUCUGCUCGCCAAAGUUCCCAACGCGCCCUGGAAACACGGUCUGGGAAAGAGAGGUAAAGGCAAAUCGCACCGCGGCCACGACUUCUUCUAUUCACUGGCUCAUGAAGCGAACGAAAAUCCCGGCCAUGAUGACUGUUACUCCAAGUUCCUCUUCAAGGAAGCGCCAAAGUACGACUUGAAACCUCAGGAGAUUUCCGCAUUAGCUGGCAACCUAUUCGGUGCUGGUUCCGAUACAUCCAGCAGCACACUCAUCACCGCCGUCCUCGCCAUGCGUGCGUUUCCCGAGACGCUAAUCCCAGCCUGGGAAGAACUCGAUCGCGUAGUCGGCCCCGACCGAAGUCCUUCGUUUGAUGACGAUGCUAAUCUACCGUAUAUGCGCGCCUUUGUCAAAGAAGUUUUCAGGUGGCGAUCCGUAGCCAUCAUUGGUGGCCAGCCUCACGCACCAGUACAGGACGACUACUACAAUGGGUAUCUGAUCCCAAAGUUGACGUGGGUACAAGGCAAUGUAUGGGCAAUUCAUCACAAUGAGCGAGAAUUCCCGGAACCGGAUCGCUUCAACCCAAGGCGCUACUUGAAAGACGACCCAGCUUAUCGACCAUUUCCGGGCGACAAGGGAUAUAUGACCUUUGGGUGGGGUAGAAGAGUAUGCUCGGGCCAGGCGCUUGCGGAGCAAGGAACGUGGUUGACAGUAGCGCGUCUGGUUUGGGGCUUCAAGAUUGAGCCUGCGCUGGAUGAGAGUGGGAAGCCAAUUGCUGUUGACAUCUUUGACUACACCAACGGUUUAAACAUGCGACCGCAACCUUUCAAGGUCAAGAUCAACCCGCGCAGCGAACGUAUUCGGCAGGCUAUUGUUCGCGAAGGUGAAGAUGCGCUUGCAAAUCUUGCGCAGUACGAGGGAGAGACGAAGUAUAGGAUGAGCACGUUUUACAGCAACCCAAUAGACUGA